AUGCGACCUCAUAACUCGAGCACGUUUUCCUCGUUCUCGACCCAGAACAAGGGUUUCUUCAGCAGACAUAUGCGACGACUAUCGAGCAGCCUUCCUCAAUUUCAAGGACAGCGCGACAACUGGAAAGAGAAGGGCGGGCGAGGACCACGAUGGAUUCGAAAAGUGCCGCUUGCCGGCAGGAUACGAUCGAUAUACGGACGAAUGGGAAGGAGACUCAAGAUGAUCUUGCUCUUCAUCCUGAUAGCCAUUCUCUGCUACACUGUUUUCUACACAACUCCUCUCGCCUACUACUGGCGAAGAUCGUUUGGCGGCGGUAACAAGUUUGUCAUUAUUUUGGGCGCAAACGUAGGAGGAGGUGUCAUGGAGUGGAAGGGCGCCAGAGAAUGGGCCAUCGAGCGAGACAGCGUGCGAAACAAGCGGAAAUACGUCAAUCGAUGGGGUUAUGACCUGGAGAUUGUCGACAUGAGCACCAAGAAGAAGUACGCGCACGAAUGGCGAGAGAGCUGGGAGAAAGUCGACUUCGUCCGAUCGACUCUGAGGAAAUAUCCCAAGGCUGAAUGGGUAUGGUGGUUGGAUCUGAAUACCUUCGUCAUGGAACCCUCGGUAUCACUCCAAGACCACAUCUUCAAUCAGCUCGAGCAAGUGACUGAGCGCGACAUCAACUACUUCAACCCUCGCAACAUCUCGCAUCCGUUCACCGAACCCUACCUCGAUGAGACGUCGCUAAGCCCUGUCGGGGACGGAAAGGCCAGCUCGAUCAACAUGCUUAUGACGCAGGACUGCGCUGGCUUUAACCUAGGCUCGUUCUUCAUGCGACGUAGCGAAUGGACUGAUCGACUUCUCGACGUGUGGUGGGACCCGGUCACAUACGAGCAGAGGCACAUGCAGUGGGAGCACAAAGAACAAGAUGCGCUGGACCAGCUGUACCAAACACAGCCAUGGGUGCGCAAGCAUAUUGGUUUCCUCCAUCAGCGGAAGAUUAACAGUUUCCCACCUGGAGCUUGCAAUCCCGAUGGCGGUCCCAAGAACCCGCACAUCCAUUAUGAUGAGAACCAGCGCGACUUUCUGGUCAACAUGGCGGGCUGCGAAUGGGGCCGCGACUGCUGGGGCGAGAUGUACUACUACCGAGAGUUCAGUUACUGGCUCAACCGCAACCCAUGGGAGCGCUUCAAGGAAGACCUCAUUGCAGUCAUCUGGUUCAAACUCACUGGCCAGAAGGUCAAGUUGUGA